CAAUCAAUCUAUAGAUCCACAAUGUUUAAGGUCAUCGCCCUGGUUGCCUGUCUGGCCGUCGCCGUCCUGGCCUACGAGGACUUCCACAGCCAUCCGAGCUACAAGUACGAGUACGGAGUUAAGGACUCGCACACCCAUGACCACAAGAGUCAGUGGGAGUCCCGUGAGGGUGAUCACGUUAAGGGACAGUACACCGUGGAUGAGGCCGAUGGAACCCACCGUGUUGUGGACUACAGCUCGGACCACAAGACCGGAUUCCAGCCCCAUGUCCAACGAGUGGGUCAUGCUCAUCAUCCCCAUGGCGAGAGUUACUCUAACAUCAAGCAGCAUUACUAAAAGUACCAUAUAUUAUAUCCAAAUAAAAGUAUCAUAUUUAUCUUCAAAUCUACAAUCAGUUUUUAUUCGACUCAUGGAUGUAACUUCUGAAGGUCCUGGUCAAUAACAGAGUAGCAACUGUGGGUGACACCUAUGCAUUUUCUUAUGAUUAAAUCUACAAUCAGUUGUUAUUCCUUUGUAAUCGUUAAGAAUUUAUACUUACUGUUAAUUAAUUAUAAUGAAAUAUGUGCAUUAUUUGAAUUUUGGAGAACGAUUUUUUUUUCAUUGACGAAAUUUGAAUGUUGUGGAUUAAGAGGUAUGAUAUUUUUGAUAAUUUUUCUUUGAAACAUCAAUGUUGUGUUUAUAUGAUUAACGUGACUUUUAAAAUAUCAAUGAGCCAACUACAUUUUAGUCAAUUCCCUCGAGAUUCACAUUUAUUUUUUAUUUCCAAAUCAUUUAGUUCAAAAAUCUUAAAAUUGAUUUUGUCAAUUUAGUUUAUUUUUCAAAUCAUUUUUGAUGAAUUUUCUUACAAGAGAAUAGAUUAGCAUGGUCAAUUUUUAUUUUCGGUCAUUGAUUACUCUUUAUAAUUCUUUGGUUAAGAUUAUUGUAUUCCUAAUCUAUUUUUUUAUUAUCACCCAAGAGUCUCACAUUUUGGGCUUUUUAGCAAACUUUGUCUGCAAAAGGUAACCAACUUUGGAGCAAAAUGCGAACCCGAAUGCAAGUUCCCAUUUCAUUGCGAUAGUGCUUUUUGGAAUUUCCAU